UGAGGGAAGCCAACGGCGGCCGUCUGGACAUAUAUCGGAGUCCGAUUCCUGCCCCUGCCCCUGCCCCUGCCCCUAUAUAUAGAUAGAUAGACAAGGUUGCUAGACAGAGAUCCGGCCACGCAACGCAGCCUGCCUUUUGUUUUGCCCCACCCGACCCGACUCGAUUACUCAUGGCAGGAACCGUGCUCCUUCGAUCUGUGGCUGUGGCGACCAAGAUGAGGGGGAUGACCACCGCCCUGCGCGAUCCUCACUGUGUCCGCCGGUCUGCCCCAAUAGCAAUAGGCUCCCGCCGCCCUUUUACUUCUUCCUCUCGCCCUAGCACCGCCGGUAACAAGGAUCCCUCUCAGAAUAAGAAUGUCCCCGGUCAAUCGCACAGUGCAAAGUCUGCACCCAUGCCAACUGCAACCAAAUUUCUUUGCUUGUCUGUUAUUGGCACCUCGGCUUUUUUUUACGGUUGGGUGAAACCGAGAUUGGAAGCAUUGGGCGAAGAAUUGGUUGCUCUUCGUACAGAGAGGUCAAUCUUGAUCAAAGCUGUGGAGGAGUGCCAAAGGACACACAUUAAAGACCGAGAUGAUUCAAUCGAUCCUUCUCAAGCCCAAAGCACGAAAGCAUUAGGACAAGGUAAGGAGAGUGGUGGACGCGCAUAUUAGAUGAUCCUUGGAGCAAUGCAGGAAUUGAGCUGGGAGGCAGGCUUCACUGUUCCUUUUCUUUUUUUGAAAAAAAAAGACUAGACAAUGUCACCUUGGUUAAGCUUUCUAUCAGGGCCAGAUCCUUUGGUCUAAAAAAAAUGUCACCUUGGUUAUGUUACUGUGACAAAGUUUCUUAGUUACUGAA